AUGCCGCAGCCCGUCACCUCCUACUACUGCCCCGGCAGCCUCGACACCUCCGCCAUCUUCGCCAUCUUCAUCGCCAGCCUGCGCGCCGUCUCGUGCGCCGGCGCAAUUGUCGUCGCGGGCUUGUGGAUGGCGAGGCGCGGCGUGCUGACUCGCGGGCUCUCCAAGGGCCUGUCCCAGUUCUCGGUCAAGCUGGCCAUCCCGUGCCUCCUCUUCACCUCGGUGGUGCCCGGCGUGAGCCCCUCGCUGCUCGCGCUCCUGCUGCUCGUCGUCCUGCGGCCGCCCAGCGACUUUCGGCUCGGCACGGUGGCCGCCUGCGCCUUUUACAACACAACGUCGAUUCCAAUCAUCCUGCUGUCGGUGCUGCAGCAGACGCUCUCGCGCUCCAUCUUCGCGGAGCUCGCCUCGCCGCUCCUCUUCCUCUCCCUCCAGCUGCUCACCUACCCGCUGCUGCAGUGGCUCUCCUCCGCGGGCGAGAGCGAGCACUGCUUCCGCGCCUUCGGCGAGUCGCGGAGGCCGGCGCUGCUGCGCCGCAUCUUCAUCCCGUCCGUCCUCGGCAUCUGCUUGGGCGGCGGGGUCGGGCUGUUUGCAAAGACGCUGAUGCUGCCGCCCGAGACGGCGCCGCUCGGCUGGCUCUUCAUCUCGGCCUCCAAGCUCGGCGAGGCGGCGGUGCCCAUCAACCUCGUCCUGCUCGGGGCGGCCCUCUCGCGCAGGCCCGAGGCCAAGGGGCUGCCCGUCGCCACCGCCGUCGGCAUCGCCCUCGCGCGGAUGGUGGCGAUGCCGCUGCUCGGCCUCGUCGUCGCCUACGGGCUCACCACGGCGGGCGCGCGCUUCGUGCAGCCUUAUGUCGCCGUCGACCCGUUCUGGCUCGUCUGCCUGAUCGUGACGUGCACGCCGACGGCCAACAACAUCGUGGUGCUGUGCGAGCUCGCGGGCGAGAACAAGCACACCAUGUCUGCCGCCAUCUUUUAUCAGUAUUGCGCCGCGCCCAUCCUCUUGCCCGGCGUACUGACGCUGUACGUGGCCUUCAUCUGCCACAAUCGCGAGAGCAUUCAUGGGGACAUGCUAUUGUGA